AUGGCGACCCCACCACCAUUUUCACCAGAUUCAAUAUGUAUAAAUUCACGAGACCGUCUCAACUUCGGCGAUUUGCAUACGAUUUAUUAUGAUUGUGGAGCAGAAAUUUCAGAGCAGAAAAUAGAAGUCACUCAUUUGAAAGAAGAAAUGGAUCGAGAUUUGGUGUUAAACAGGGUUGAGUCGCUCGCAUUGCAUCGCCGGAAUGAGUGCACGGAGAAAAAAUGUGACUUCGUUGACGGUAUUGGUGAUUGGACUUGUGAUUGUGACUUUUGGUUUUAUGGUGGAGAAGUUUCUUCGUAUCAUGAACCCCUGGUAUCAUGA